AUGACAUCGACCUUCGAGAAUGGCGAGGGCGAUAAGCUCGACUACGUGACACUCUUCCAAACACUGGACAACAUUCAGAUUUUACUUCCUGAACUGGGCAACCGGUAUGCUUUGCAGGCGUACUUUUACUUCCAUGAAAUUCAGUUUCUGCUUGACCAGCGCACAAAUGCUGAAGACAUGUCACCGGAUGGAGUUCUUCCAUUCAUUCGUCACGGAAACGAUAUCAUCUCCGGUUACAGUAAGAUUAUUGAGUACGUCAACGAUAAGAACAACAUUGUGUACAACACUCAGAGUAGACUUGACAUGGCUGCUCUGAUGACGCUGGUCGACGAAGUGGUCAUCAAAUCUGAACUGUACUACACCUGGCUGUGCAAAGACAUCUACGAACAGUUCACAAAGUCACACUUUUCCAAUGGCAAGCCAUGGCCAUUGAGUCUCUUCUUGUGCUGGUCCAAGAAGUGGGACGUUGCCUCGAAACUCUCGGACACAAAAAAUAUUGACACAGACUUUGAAAAUUUGUGCUCAGAUAUAUCUGGUCGCUUGUCCGGUGACAAGAAGUACAUUCUCGGGGACCAUCCCAGCGAACUGGACACGCUCAUUUACGGGCACAUCAAGGCAAUCUACAAGUACCGGGACAACUACAAGAAUCUAUAUGGAAUCAUUGAAAAGUUUCCCAAUCUGAUAACCUUCAUGAGCCGGAUUGAUGACAUGCUGCCCAAGUAA